AUGUAUCAAGUACCAAAUUACACCCAGAAUGUGUCAAUGAAGCUAUCAGAGGUUCUGGCUGAUAUAGGUGUUGAUGAGAGAAUAGUGAUGAAGAGGAGAAGAACAUUUCUUCUGAUAGAAGUAAUAGAAAAUAUCAAUUACCAACUAAUUGAUGGAAGUUUUAUAACAUACUUUUUUGGGAGUCAAUCAGAAGGCACAACUACAAUUGGAAUCCAUUCAGACACAGAUCGUCUUAUUUGUACUAAACUACUCCCUGUGAUACAAGACUGGAGUGACUGGGUACCUGGUGUGCUUAAUCUACUGAUGAUUCAAGAUAAUUAUGUAUCUCCUGGAUAUUGUUUACUUCAAAGUCUGAGACCUGAUGCUCCUCUUCCUGAAAAUGGUGAAUCUGGUCAAUUCUUCUUCAAGGACAGAACAGGAAAAUUACUUUUAAAGAAUUCUAUAUUAUCGUGGGCAAUUGGAGGCCAUAAAGAAAUACAUGGGCCAGCAUAUGCACAACACGGACAACCAGGCUUUAUGGAUGUAGAUAAAGUUUUAGCUCUACAUUGUACAACAUGGCCACAACAAGCUAGACAAUGGUUACUUCAACAAGGUGAAGGUCAAUGGCCGUCUGCUGAAAUGAAACAAUAUUGCAGCAGAACUGGAUGUUUUGUUGUUGGUGUUGGAUGUAAAGGCAGUGAACAUGAGCAACUUGAAUGGAGAAUUUCAACAUCUUUAGCAGAACGGUGUUUAAUGUUCAACCUGAAUAUUACACAGAUUCGCUGUUAUGUCUUAAUGAAAAUGAUUAUAAAAUCAUUAAUAAAUCCAUUUUUUCCAGAUGUUAUAUCCAGUUACAUGUGUAAAACUGUACUCUUCCAUUGUAUUUCCAAUACACAUUCUAACAUCUGGAGGGAAAACAACCUACUUACUUGUCUGUCACUGUGUUUAUAUCUACUGUACAACAAUAUCAUUAAUGAAAAUUGUCCACAUUUUAUGAUACCUGAGAACAAUUUAAUGAGGGGAAAAAUUUCAUCCGCAUUUAAACCAUAUAUCCUCGAAAUACUCAACAAUGUCAUCAACAGUGAAGGAGUGGCACUACUUGGGAUUAAAUGUGAUGAUCUUGGUUCAAGGGUUCAUCACAAGUUUUAUAACUUAUCUCUAUACAAGGCAAGUGAUUUCAUUUUACCAGCACUAUUAGUCAAUAUUGCUGUAUUUACAUCUGAAACACUGAAAUAUACUUAUGACGAUAUUCUGGACAGUAGUCCAUAUGAAGCUGUAGAAAUAUUAAAGAACUUUGUGUCAAAAACAUUCAACAGUCAAUAUGAAGGAUUGGAUAAGGCAGCCAGUCUGGUUCUGUUACCAUGGUAUUGUACAACACUUGGAUCUGUCCUGGCUUCAUUAAACAUCCAUCAGUACAAUAAUGUAUCAGCAGACGCCCUCAAACUCAUCUCACUUGGUUUGAAUUCAGAUGUUGCAUCAAGUAGACUGAAAUUAGCUUCCAUCUUAUACUGUGUGCGAGAAGUACAAAAAACUGACCUAAUACUCAGUGAGAUUGAAAAAAGAUAUGAUUUACAAAUUGUUGAGCCUGUCUGUCAAUGUAAUCCGUUUGUGAGAAAAACAAUUAGAGAUGAAUUCAAAGAAUUAUGUGACAAUCAUAAUGAAACAGCCUUACAGUAUAUAACGGCAUCAUGUGUUAAAUUUAUGCCAUGUGAAAUUCACUGUGUACCAACAGAACUCAAGUAUGAAAUGAAUAGAUCUACCAAAGAGGACAGAGUGUUUCGAACAAAAAGAGACAACGACUGGAUGGAUUGUGCUGUGGUGGAUUCCCUCCCUUACCUCUACUUUCUACAAUACAAAGUUUACAGCCAUUUAGGAAGACAUGACCAGAAACAAGCUGCUCUCUUCAAACUUACCAGAACCAUAAAAGAGGAACCAAACCUUGGACAUCGGGAAACAGCUCUUAAUCUUCUAGGAAAAUGCAUGGAACAAGAAGGUAGAGCUGGAGAGGCUUUACAGUGUUAUUGGAUGUCACUUAAUGUAAGGGGUAGAAAUAAUGCUGCAAAGAUUCAUAUCAACGCGCUCUUAUCUGUAUAG